AUGGGCGACCUCACUGUUACGCUCACGGCGCCAAACGGCUUCAAGUACUCUCAGCCGAUCGGCCUAUUCAUCAACAAUGAAUUCGUCAAGUCUCGGUCCGGUGAAACCAUCACCGCGAUCGACCCAGCGACCGAGGAGGACAUUGUGACCAUCCAGUCAGGUUCGGCUGAAGAUGUGGAUUUGGCUGUUCAAGCUGCGCAUGCUGCUCUCCGCAACCCUGCAUGGAAGAAGAUGGCAGCAUCAGACAGGGGCAUCCUGAUGGCGAAGCUGGCUGAUGAAAUCGAGGCUAACAAGGAGCUUCUUGCCACCGUUGAUGCUUGGGACAAUGGCAAGACAUACAGCGACGCUCUCAGCGUCGACCUGGUUGAGGCCGCUGGAGUCAUUCGCUACUACGCUGGCUGGUGCGAUAAGGUCCACGGGCAGACCAUCCCCGUGCCAAACAAGCUCGCCUACACUCUUCGGCAGCCAAUCGGCGUUGUCGGACAGAUCAUCCCGUGGAACUACCCCCUGUCUAUGGCGACAUGGAAGCUCGGACCGGCGCUCGCCUGCGGCAACACGGUGGUGCUGAAGCCUGCCGAGCAGACGCCCCUCAGCAUCCUGGUACUGGCCAAGCUGGCCAAGGAUGUGGGCUUCCCGCCUGGUGUCAUCAACAUCGUCAACGGUCUGGGCAAGGUGGCAGGCGCUGCUCUUGUGCAGCACAAGCUCGUCGACAAGAUCGCCUUCACCGGCUCUACUGCCACCGCCACGCAAAUUAUGAAGAUGGCAGCUGGCACGCUAAAGAACAUUACGCUCGAGACUGGUGGCAAGUCGCCCCUGCUGGUGUUUGACGACUGCGACCUGGAGCAGGCGGUCAAGUGGUCGCACCUCGGCAUCAUGUCCAACCAGGGCCAGAUCUGCACAGCCACGUCGCGCAUCCUGGUGCAGGAUGCCGUCCACGACAAGUUCGUGAAGCUCUUUGUCGAGGAGGUCCAGAAGACCAGCAAGAUUGGCAGCCCAUGGGAUGCCGACACGUUCCAGGGACCGCAGGUGUCCAAGAACCAAUACGACAGCGUGCUCGCGCACAUCGAAGCCGGCCGCACUUCUGGUGCAACUGUCGCUACAGGCGGCCAUGCGGUCAAGAACAUUGGCAACGGGAAGGGGUACUUCAUCGCCCCUACCGUCUUCACGAAUGUCACCAGCGAUAUGCGCAUCUGGCAGGAGGAGAUCUUCGGCCCGGUCGUUGUUAUCAGCAAGUUCUCCGACGAGGAGGAGGCAGUGCGCAGAGCCAACGACACCGUCUACGGGCUCGCUGCAUCCGUUUUUACCAUGAACAUUGAGCGGGCACAUCGUGUUGCUAGCGAGAUCGAGGCCGGCAUGGUGUGGAUCAACAGUAGCCAGGACUGCGACCCAAGGAUACCAUUUGGAGGCGUUAAGCAGAGCGGAAUUGGCCGGGAGCUCGGAGAGGCUGGCCUGGAGGCGUAUUCUCAGAUCAAGGCAGUUCAUGUGAACUUGGGUAGUCGGUUGAGGCGGUCAACAAAGAUGGCGCCGAGAGCCACGCCACCGGCGGACGCAGAAACUGUCACCUUUCAGCCAGAGGCGCUCCCGUCCUCGUCCCCAGCUCUGCGUAUUGUGCAUUUCAAUGACGUCUAUCAUCUGGAUCCCUCAUCGGCUGAGCCGGUGGGCGGCGCUGCUCGGUUUCAGACUGUCCUCAAUGAGUACCGCUCGUCUCCGAAGUACAACGACCAGCCUGACCUCAUUACUCUCUUCUCGGGUGAUGCUUUCAACCCGAGUCUGGAGAGCUCGGUGACCAAGGGCAGCCAUAUGGUCCCAGUGCUCAACGGCUUUGGCACGGACUGUGCGUGCGUCGGAAACCACGACCUGGACUUUGGGGUAGCGCAGUUCCAGAAUCUCACAGCCAAGUGCACAUUUCCGUGGCUAGUCGCCAACGUCCUUGACCCGGCAGCCGGUGAGGGUGUAUCUAUCGGCCACUGCCUGCCCACGCACAUGCUGACGGCAUCCAACGGCAUAAAGAUAGGCCUAAUCGGCCUGGGCGAGCGCGAGUGGCUAGAGACGGUCAACGUUUUGCCGCCGAACAUUGUGUACAAGUCGGCGACAGAGACGGCAAAGGCGCUGAUCCCGCAGAUGCGCAGUGCUGGUGCCGAUAUAGUCAUCAUCUUGUCACAUGCCCGCGAGCCAAACGACAAUAAGCUUGCCGAGAACCUGGCGGGCGAGGCGGACCUCAUUCUCGGUGGCCACGAUCACUACUACUCGCAUAGCCUGAUCCAGGGGACCCAUGUGCUCCGGUCCGGCAGCGACUUCAAGCAGCUCAGCUACAUCGAGGCGUGGCGACGGCCUGAGGCCGAUGACGCGGCAGGGGCUAGCCCCAAAUGGGAUUUUUCCAUCAAGAGGCGUGAUAUCGGAUCGUGGAUCGAACCGGACGAGCCGACGACAGAACUAGUCGACCAGCUGACAUCCAAGCUCAAGCAGAGCCUGGAAAAGCCCGUCGGGUGGACGGCAGCGCCUCUCGAUGCCCGUUUCACCACGGUGCGGACAAGGGAGAGCAAUCUGGGCAACUUUGUGUGUGACAUUAUGCGCCACUACCACCAGGCCGACUGCGUGAUCAUGGCUGCCGGCACUGUGCGCGGCGACCAGAUCUAUCCGCCAGGGCCGUUGCGUGUCAAGGACAUCACGGACUGCUUCCCAUUCGAGGACCCGGUUGUCGUGGUGCGGGCCACCGGAAAGGCGAUCACGGAGGCUCUGGAGAACGGGGUGUCGCUGUACCCGGCGCUCGAAGGGCGAUUCCCGCAAGUGUCCAACAUCAAGUACGAGUUUGAUCCAAGCCGGCCACCGAACUCUCGCAUCACAACGGUGCAGAUCGACGGGAAGCCGGCGGAUCCGGAGAAGGUGUACAUCUUGUGCACUAGAGGAUACAUGGUCCGCGGAAAGGACGGAUAUAAAAGCCUUUUGGCCAAAUCCGAAGGCGGGACCGUCGAGGAAAUCAUAGAUGAGGAAAGCGGGAUACUCAUCUCCAUGAUGCUUCGGCAGUACUUUAUGGCCCUGAAGGUGCUCGACCAGUGGGGAGGGGACUGGAACGAGAACAUGCAGAAGCGCUGGGGCAGCGUGGUGUCAAGCAUCGAUCGCCGUCAUCCACACCUGUUGCCCAGCGCGUCGACACCGCCCUCGCCCGGACACGGUGACGGCGAUCGUGCGGGCGGAGCAGCCCGGAGGUCGGCAGCCGAGCUUCGCCAGUGGUGGGCCAGCGUGGCGCCGUUUGACGAGUGCGUCGUGGACGGGGCGAGCAGCCAGCCAGAUGCUGACGAAGUUCAUCGGAUCGAUCGACAGCUGCAGGUGAUGCGGCGUAUUGCCCGCAAGUGGUGUCGUCUGGCCGGCGUUCAGAGCCACCAGUGCGACACCCUGACGGAGGACGAGUACCACGCAAAGUGGACGAAGGCCAUUGCGCCGCGCAUUGAGGGACGCAUCCGGAUUGUGGGAGAAAAGCAGUACUUUACGACGCGUGACGGAGCGUCCACCCGACACCCGGGACCAUCAGCCAUGGCCGGAGGAAGCGCCCGCAACGCGCAUGUGCCGGUGAAUCCCAGCGGCCUGCGGCAGAGCUUCACGCUCGGGUCGCCUUCCCCGCCACACGAGAUCGAGGCGCCACAGCACAGCCGAUCUACGAGUCCCCAGCACUCGCCCCACUCGCAACCUGCCGUCCGUUUUGACAGCGACACGGUCGACGACCUGGAUCUCGCCCACGCCGGUCCCAGUGAGCAGGACCCGCUCCUCCAGUCGACAGAGAGAGCCUCGCUUUUGCGGAAUGCCUUUAGCGACGGCCAAUGCGUGCAUCCGGGCCGCUGCAACCACGGCACCUUCUCGCCCCGGUCCUGCAGCCCUGCAGCCAGCAUGAACAGUUCUGGCUCCGGUCCCGACUCAAUGGCUGGCAGCUCGACCGGGCCCACCGGAAGCCGUGACAGCACCGGCUGGCGGCGAAGCUUUGUGCAGAUCAUGCGCAGCAAGAAGAUGAGCACAUCUAGCGAGCUCGCCGAGAGGCACGGGGUGUCAGAUACUGGGCUGAUGUAUGUCGCCUACUAUAUCCCAUCCGUGACCUGGAUCAGCCAGUACAAGCUGUCGUACCUCAAGGGCGACUUCAUUGCCGCCGUAACCGUUGCCGGUAUCUACCUCCCCAUGGCUCUGUCCCUCGCCAGCAAUCUGGCCCACGUCCCGGCCAUCAAUGGCCUGUACUCAUUCUUCUUUGCGCCCCUUGUCUAUGCCUUCUUGGGCAGCUGUCCGCAGAUGGUCUUGGGACCCGAGGCAGCCGGAUCUCUCCUCGUCGGCACUGUUGUCCGCUCAACCGUGGACCAAGGCCAUGGAGGGGAGGACGACGAUCUUCUGCAUGCCAAGAUCUGCGGUGUUAUUGCAGGUAUCGCCGGCGCUACCGUUCUGCUGGCCGGCCUCGCCCGACUCGGCUUUCUCGACAGCGUCCUGUCGCGUCCUUUUCUCCGUGGCUUCAUCUCAGCCAUCGGCUUCGUCAUCUUUGUCGAUCAGCUCGUGCCCGAGCUCGGCCUCUCCAAACUGGCCGGCGAGACACCUGGCGUCAUGCAUGGAAGCACCGUCGACAAGCUCCGCUUUCUGGGCAACAACAUCGACAAGGCCCAUACACUCACGCUGGUCAUUGCCGCCGUCAGCUUUACCGUCAUCAUGGUCUGCAGGGAGAUCAAGCGCCGGCUGCAGCCUCGCUACCCGAGUGUGGCCUACGUGCCUGACCGGCUGGUCGUGGUCAUCCUGUCGGCGUACCUGGCCUGGCGUCUCGACUGGGAGAACCAGGGCGUGGAGGUCCUGGGCACCGUCAAGGCCGCCUCUGGCCACAUCUUCGCCUUCCGUUGGCCUUUCCGGUCGUCCCACAUGCUCCACAUCCGAGACGCCAUGAGCACCUCGUUCCUCAUUGCCCUCCUCGGCUUCUUCGAGUCGUCCGUCGCUGCAAAGAGCCUUGGCGGACAGGAGACCUUCCCAGGCGUCCAGCUCAGUGCCAACCGGGAGCUCGUCGCCCUAGGCGUUGCCAACUUCAUUGGCGGCUGUUUCAUGUCGCUUCCGGCCUUUGGCGGCUAUGGGAGGAGCAAGGUGAACAAGUCCACCGGCGGGAAGAGCCCCAUGAGCUCUGUCUUUCUGAGCCUGAUCACCCUGAUAUCCAUCUUGUUCCUCCUCCCAUACUUUUACUACCUUCCUAAACCGGUGCUUUGCUCCAUGAUCAGCGUGGUGGCUUGGUCUCUGAUCGAAGAGGCCCCUUCCGACAUAUCGUUCUUCAUUCGCAUCCACGCCUGGCCCGAACUGGGCCUCAUGCUGGUCAUUGUCCUUGCCACCAUCUUUUACUCGCUUAAUUUGGGCAUUGCCAUUGGCAUCGGCCUGUCUCUGUUGCAGGUGAUCCGACACGCCACGAGACCUCGCAUCCAGAUCCUUGGGCGCAUUCCAGGCACGAACAGGUUCGAGAACGCUGAGGAUCACCCGGAGCGUCUGGAAUUUAUCGAGGGCUGUCUGAUUGUCAAAAUCCCAGAGCCUUUGACCUUUGCCAACACCGGAGAGCUGAAGACGAGGUUGCGUCGGCUAGAGCUGUACGGCACCAGCAGGGCCCAUCCCGCCUUGCCACGACUCAGAGGGGAGGAGCUCAACAAGAAUGUUAUCUUCGACAUUCACGGAGUCAGCAGCAUGGACGGCUCAGGCAUACAGGUACUCGAGGAGAUCGUCCGAAGCUACCGUGAACGUGGUGUUCGGGUCUUCUUUAGCCGCGGCCCUCCUCGGGGCCAUAAGGUUAUGCAGCUCAUGGACCUGUCCGGGAUCACUGCUCUUGUCGGUGGAGAUGGCCAUUUUGUCGACGAUGUGGAUCUGGCCCUGAAAAUGACGGAAGUCGAGGAGGGAAGCGAGUUGGGAGUUCGUGAAGGCUCGGCCCGGUAG